UUUGUUUCGAUUAUAUCUUCUGUCUUGUUUACAAGUCUUGAGGUGUUGCUGUAUUUCGGGAAACCUAGAAAUCGAUUCUUCAAUUAUUGGUUAAGAAUUGACUGAAUGAAAAGUUAUUUCGUGAUGUCAAAGCGAGCCAGCAAACCUAGACUAACUGCACAACAACCAGCUGGAUGGUGAAACAAAUAGCUAGCUGCUACCUAUAGCCAGCUAAGAGAUGACUUACUCAGAUAUUCCACCAAUAUAUUACCCAUGAUAGCAGGUUUCUCAAAUCAGAAGGCUGCUGGCAAUGGUGCAGAGCAAUGAGAAAAACGUUAAAAUUGAAUUUAGAAUCAUAUAAAUGAAUAUAAACAGUCUGCUUUUCAGAUUCAAGUUCUUGAUUGUUAGCUAGCUAGUACAGUAAUGGCAAGGAGCUCUGCAGAUCAAACACUUUUACCUAAUGAACAUGGACAUAUUUUAUGUGAGGACAGAGACAGACCAGUUUCAGUUUUGCCGGCUGGCCAUGAAUCAGAUUACCUUCAUAAUCCGAGUGUGUUGCACCAGUUGCAAGCAGAAAGAAAACUAGGUGAUGAAGAAGGUAACCUGGACCAUCCAGAUACUGAGAUUAUGAAUUUGCUGAUGUCGCAACACAAACAUGAGCAAGAAGAACAAUUGCAGCAUUCUGACAGCCAAUCUGUAUCGUACCCAUGUCCAGUGCAAUCAAGUGAUGUGACAAUGAGUGCGGACAAUCAAGAAGCUACAAAUACUAAAUUGGAACCAGAAGAAGAUUGUGAAGAUGAUAAAAAUUCUUGCUCCACAUUUCAUGGGUCAACAGCAGAUCCUCCACAAGCAUACUAUUCAUCUUUGGGCAGUGAAGAAACUCACUCAUCUUAUGAAGUCUCCACGUUUGUUACUGAAGAUGGACAAAAUAGUCAGCUCAUAAUUUCUGGUAAUAAUGCAUAUCCUGCAGAUAUUGCUGUCUCAAACAACAUUGUUGCACUUGGUGAAAAUAAUAUAACAACAAUUGCACUUCCAGAUGGUCAAGUUCUGUCACUUGGUGAAGAUGCUUUAGAACAGAUUGCAGGACUAACCAACUUGAAUGGAGGCUCCAUUCAGUUAGCCACUACACAAGCUGCAGAUGGUUCUACUCAAGUUCAGUAUGUACUAAAGCAUGAUCCGAAUAUCAAAGAAGAGCAGUACAACCCAGAACAAGACAGUCCUACAAAGAAGGUUUUUCAAUGUGAUGUUGACAACUGCACAAAGCAGUUUUCUACUCCCUAUCGAUUGAAAGCUCAUGGACGAACUCACACUGGUGAAACAUUUACAUGUGUUGAAGCUGGCUGCCACAAAACAUUUGUCACUCAAAGUGAUUUAUUGAAACACACCAAAACACAUCUUGGUCAGAAGGAUUUUAUUUGUGAAGUCGAAGGCUGCAAGAAAGAGUACUCAACUGCACACCAUCUAAAGGUUCAUAAACGGCAACAUAGUGGUGAAAGGCCUUUUGUUUGUGAGUGGGAAGGCUGUGGGAAGAUGUUUACUACUGGUUAUGGUUUAAAAUCACAUUUCCGAACGCACACAAACGAGCGACCUUACAAAUGUCAACAUCUUAAUUGUGCUAAAGCUUUUAAAACCAGCGGUGAUCUUCAGAAGCAUGUUCGAACUCAUACAGGUGAGCGGCCUUUUCAUUGUCCAUAUGAAGGUUGCAACCGUUCAUUCACUACAUCCAAUAUCAGAAAAGUCCAUAUGAGGACACAUACUGGCGAGAAGCCAUACCGUUGUGAAAUAGAAAGCUGUGGACGAAUGUUUGCUAGCGCUACCAAUUACAAGAAUCAUUCAAGAAUACAUACUGGUGAACGACCCUAUGUGUGUGAGGUACCAGGUUGUAUGAAGCGAUUCACUGAAUACUCGAGCCUGUAUAAACACAACAUCGUACACACCCAACAAAAACCCUACACGUGCACCUUGUGUCACAAAACAUACCGGCAGACGUCAACAUUGGCCAUGCAUAAAAGAACUGUACAUGGAACAGACGAUUUAACUGAUACUGAACGCCAAGAAAAUGGUGUUCGACUUCAAAUAAAGCGACCGCGAAUAGCGCAAAGUCCUCGUCUACCGCCUGCUUCGUCUGCAUCAGCUACUGGUUACCUACAAGGGAUGUCGUUAGUCAUCAAUAAUACUUCGUCUACCGACAGUCAGUUUACUGCAGAAUUGUCAGCUCAACAUUUGCCAGAAUCAACUGAAAUACCAGGUGCUAUUGCUAUACCCAUACAGGUUACCAUGAAUGCAGAUGGUACAAUCGCAGGUGCCCAAGGUUUAAAUUUAACAGAUGGAAGCGGACGGAUGAUACCCGUCAACCUUUCAGUCAGUAUACCGAUGUCAACAUUUCCUCAAAUGAACAACGGUGGCACUGGUGUCGAUGCAGAGCAGUCGGUGGAUUCAAAUAUGUUCACUCAAGCAGAUAAAAUGGAUGGUGUAAUCGACAUGUUACCUGAAAGUACGAGCCAGGUUACGACUGUACAAUCCACUUCAAAUACACCUUCUGAAGAUGGCGAACAACAUGGCCGGCUACGACCGAGAAUGAUUUCCGGUGACGGUGACCACCUUGUAUCAUCCUCAAUGGAUGUCGGACUUCUUAACGAACAAACAUCGUCGCCGUCGUCAGACUUAAUUGACGGCGUGCUACGUGAUGAAAAUAGACAUUUAAUAAGAAGUGAACUUCCUGGAGAUAAUUUUGACGUCGAUCCCGACGAAGGCGAUGUGACAGACAAGUAUUUGACGUCACACUAUCGUAAGGACGUCAAAAGCUUUCAGGUGUCUUAAUGUGAGAAUUCUGUGUAGCUUUCUCAAAAGUUACUUUCAGAAGUCGCUGCUAAGAAAUGGCAGGUGUUUCGUAAGAAAUUGGAUGACAAUGACGUUUGAUAUGAUUAGUUUGAUGUGAAAUGUCGACGAUGCAAAAAAUCUUAUUGUCUGUGUGUUUCGGUUUGACGUAAAAACAUUUUACCAACCCCUUGCGUUUUACUAACACAUACAUUUUUUGUAUGAAUAGAAAGUAUUUACAUUUGUUGAAUGUGAUUCUUAUGAACUGAUAAAAAUGUUGCAAUGCAAUGCAAUAAAAACCUCACUUUAGCUUCAAUGUAUUUUUAUGAUAAAUCUUGCAGUGAUAAAGUUUUAUCCUUCGUAACAGCAGUUCAGUAUCGAUUGAACGGACGUCCAUAUAAAAAGCGAGGUUAUAAUAUAUAUUUUUUAUUUAUUAAGACCAGUUUUUUACUGCCUAUACAAACAAACCAGAAAAUCACAAGACUGAAAUAAAAUAUUAUGUAAAUAUAUAUUUAUAUGUAUGUAAAUAUGAAAAAAUGAAAUUAUUUUGUAUAUGUAGACCUGUUCGAAAGAUAUCUAUGUGCCAGUUUC